AUGACACGCUUGCGCAAGAAGGCGUUUAUCGCUCUUUUUCUGUUCACUCUUUUCAUAUUCGGGACCAUGAUGGGCCUGAGGACGCUGAAGCCGAGCGACGGCUUCUCGGACCUGGCUCCGGGGAUCGAGUUCGCGGGGGAGAGGCCGGAGCGGAGGCGUCAGGAUGGCAAAGACCUGGUGGUGUCGCCCGUCCAUUCGGACACGGGCAUCGGCGACACGAAAGUGGUGUUCACCAAGUCCGACCACGACCACAGCAUCUUCUAUGACGUGCACAUCUUCUAUUACCUCUGGUACGGCUCCCCAACCAUGGACAGCAAGUACAUCCACUGGGACCACGUGUUGGUGCCCCACUGGGACCCCAAGAUCGCCGCCAGCCACGCUCAGGGCCGACACGUGCCUCCCGAGGACAUUGCCUCCAGUUUCUACCCGGAGCUGGGACCGUACAGCUCCAGGGACCCCCACGUGCUAGAGUCCCACAUGUCCCAGAUAGAGGCCUCGGCUGCAGGGGUGCUGGUACUGUCGUGGUACCCUCCCGGAGUGGCGGACAACCACGGGGAGCCCACCGAGGACCUGGUUCCCGCGGUGAUGGACGCGGCGCAGCGACACAGCAUCAAGGUGGCGUUUCACAUUCAGCCGUACAAGGGACGGACGGACCAGAGCGUGCACAACAACAUCAAGUACAUCAUUGACAAGUACGGGGCACACGGAGCCUUCUACCGCUUCCGGUCGACCACGGGCCAGGUGCUGCCCCUCUUCUACGUGUACGACUCCUACCUGACGCCGUCCGAGGCCUGGGCGGAGCUCCUCACCGCCAAGGGCUCGCACAGCCUCCGCGGCACGCCCUACGACGGCGUCUUCGUGGCGCUGGUGGUGGAGGAGCGCCACAAGAACGAGAUCCUCAACGGCGGCUUCGACGGCAUGUACACCUACUUCGCCUCCAACGGCUUCUCCUUCGGCUCCUCGCACCAGAACUGGCGCGCCAUCAAGACCUUCUGCGACGGCAACAACCUGCUGUUCGUGCCCAGCGUGGGGCCCGGCUACGCCGACACGGCAGUGCGGCCCUGGAACAACCACAACACGCGCAACCGCGUCAACGGGCGCUACUACGAGACGUCGCUGCAGGCGGCUCUCACGGUGCGGCCAGACAUCGUCACCAUCACCUCCUUCAACCAGUGGCACGAGGGCACGCAGAUAGAGCGCGCCGUGCCCAGGAAGACGGUGACCCGCCUGUACCUGGACUACCAGCCCAGCAAGCCCGACAUCUACCUGGAGCUGACGCGCCGCUGGGCACAGCAGUUUGACAAGGAGAAGGGCAAGUGGCUGAUGUGA